CUUGGCUCUUGCAAGAUAAACAACCGCUAGCCGAUACAGCAGGCGAUGUUGUCGCCAAAUCCACAAAAAUAAAAGAAACCAAACAAAAACAGCAGCAGAGAACACAAACAAAGGAAAGCGCCCACAGCAGUAGCAGAUAUAGAGCGUAGCGUCAACUAUCUAACGCCCGCAAUGUGGCAGCGAAUACUUUUAAUUAGCAGCAUGCUGGCAGUGGCAUGGGCUGGCGUGUUUCCAAAUUAUCAUCCACAUUUUGAUUUUGUGCAAUGGACCACAGAUAAAUCGCUGGACGAUUAUGAGGCAGAAUCCAAGUGGUGGCAAACAGCCUCAUUCUAUCAAAUCUAUCCAAGGUCAUUUAAAGACACCAAUGGGGAUGGGGUUGGCGAUUUAAAAGGUAUAACCGAAAACCUAUCGUAUUUGAAGGAGAUCGGGGUUACCGCCACCUGGUUGUCACCCAUAUUCACCUCACCCAUGGCCGACUUUGGUUAUGAUAUUGCGAAUUUCUUUGAAAUCGAUCCUUUGUUUGGCACCAUGGCCGAUUUUGAGGCUCUCAUGAAGGAAGCCCAUCGCUUGGGCAUUAAGAUAAUUUUGGAUUUUGUACCCAAUCACAGCAGUGAUGAGUGUGAGUGGUUUAAGAAAUCCGCCAGUGGCCACCCUUUCUACAAGGAUUUCUAUAUUUGGCAUCCGGGCAAAAUGAUUGAUGGCGUUCGCCAUCCCCCCACAAAUUGGGUAAGCGUUUUUCGUGGUUCCGCCUGGGAAUGGAAUGAGCAGCGGCAGGAAUAUUAUCUGCAUCAGUUUGUAAAGAAGCAACCAGAUUUGAAUUAUCGCAAUCCUUUGGUGAGGGACACCAUGAAGAUGGUCUUGCAAUUCUGGCUCUUCAAGGGAGUCGCUGGCUUCCGUGUGGACGCUGUUCCCCACAUCUUUGAAAAGCAUGCAGAUGCCAAUGGCAAUUGGCCCGACGAACCUCGUAAUCCCUCGGUCAAUGACCCAGACGAUUAUGGUUACCUGGAUCACAUCUAUACCGUCAAUCAACCCGAGACCAUUGAUCUGGUCUACAUGUUUCGUAAAGUUUUGGAUGAUUUUAAAUCAGAAUAUGGUGGUGAAGAUCGUAUUUUAAUGACCGAAAGUUAUGCGCCCUUGGAUGUGGUCAUGCAGUACUAUGGCAAUGGUACAAGAGAGGGUGCCCAGAUACCAUUUAAUUUCCUGAUAAUUGAAGAAUUGGGUAAUAAUUCGAAUGCUUUCAAUUAUGCUGAGACCAUUAACAAAUGGCUGAAGAACAUGCCUGAGGGUAAAACGGCAAAUUGGGUGCUUGGAAAUCAUGACCAAAAUCGCAUUGGCUCUCGCCUUGGUGAAGAUCGCAUAGAUAUGAUGAAUAUGCUUACCUUUACCUUACCUGGUUGCAGUGUGACCUAUAUGGGUGAGGAGAUAGGCAUGACAGAUGUUUGGAUUUCGUGGAAUGACACCGUUGAUCCCUCGGCUUGUAACUCAAAUCCUGACAAGUAUGAAUCUCUAUCCCGUGAUCCGGAACGUACUCCCUUCCAAUGGAGCGAUGCGUUUCAAGCGGGAUUUUCUAAAGCAAACAAAACAUGGUUGCCCAUCUCACCAUUGUAUCGCGAAGUAAAUGUUGAGAAGGAGCGUUCGAAUCCAUUGAGUCAUUUGAAUAUUUUCAAACAACUGCACAAAUUGAGAGGGGAGCCCACAAUGAAACAUGGAAAAGUUGAAGUGAAGGCAUUGAAACAAAAUGUAUUGGGUGUUAAGAGAACUCUCUUAAAGGAAUUUACCUAUGUGACCCUUAUGAAUAUCUUCAAUGAAGUCGAGACAUUUAAUCUAAAAGAGGCAUUUGAGAAUAUCCCAGAGGAAAUGGUUUACGAGGUGGUCACCGAUAAGUCGAAGGCUAAAAGGGGUGAUCGCUUGAAAACGAACUCAGUGACUUUACAGCCCAAGGAAGCAGUUAUUUUGAAAUCUCCGGGAAGACUAGAUACUACAGUUGGUUAUUAUUUAUACUACACGGCUGAAGAACAAACUCAUAACUAAUUUCUUGCCAUAUUACACUUUAUUUUGUUUUCUCUAUUAUUUAGUGUCGUAGUUGAACUAUAAAAUUUUUUUCUAAAAUUAUAAUUUCUUAAAUUUAAUCCGUUUCCACUAUGAUUGCCUCAUAGCCACUGAGAACAAAAUUGUCUAGAGAGACCAGGUCCCUAGAAUAGAAAUAAAUUGUAACGAGUUUCAAUUUAGUGGUUAAGUUAAAUAAUUACUAAAUAAUUUUUUUUA